UCAGAAUUAAUUAGAAGAAUAGUUUAUAGUCUUUUCAUGAAUAAUUGAUUGGCUUUUACAUAAAUGCCAAUAUAAUUGGAAACCAUUCUCAUGUAAACACACAAACAUGAAUUCCAGAGUGAAAAUUCUACUUUUUUCUUCAGGGUUUUCCCACUUUUGCUUCAUCUUUUUCUUCGUAAUUCACAACUCCACUGCUCAAAUUAUUGACCCUAAUGAAGUGAGGACAUUGAACUCAAUAUUUCAAUAAUGGGUUGUACAAGAAGACCCAAGAUGGUGGAACAUAAGUGGAGAGCCCCAAUGGAGCCACUAUAAAUGCAACUAGCUUGGAGGACUAUAAUCCUGCUAUCAAAUGUGACUGUUUGUUUAAAAAUGUCUCAACUUGCCACAUCAAUGAGCUUAGAAUCAAAUGAAAUUACUUCACUGGUCCCUUGCCUGCAUUUAUUGGAAAUUUAUCUCAAUCGAAGUAUUUAUUCAAGUUUUGCAAUCAAGUGUGGUUGUGGUGAUGUGCUGAAAGUUGAUAAGAUAGUGUACGAGGCUGAUGACUAUGAUCUUGGUGGAGCUUCUUUUGUUGUACUUGAUACAGAAAAAUCGGCAGUUAGUGAUGUGGGUUGGUAUCUUGAUGGACAAUCUAAUACCCAUGUUCAAAAUACUAGCUCUCAAGUGAUUGGCACCACAAUCCCGGAGCUUUAUCGCAUUUCAAGGCAUUCCCCUGGAUCACUUAGAUACUAUGGACGUAGUCUUGAGAAUGGACCUUACAAUGUGAGCUUGUCCUUUGCUGAGACAACUUUUAGUGAUCAAGGCUCACUAACGUGGAAGAGUUGUGGAAGGCGUGUUUUUGAUAUCUAUAUUCAGGUAACCCUCCGGUCAAAGGAUUUUGACAUAUCAAAGAAGGCAGGUGGGCAUAGAAGAGCAAUUACAGAAAAAUUUAAUGCUAUGGUAACUGAGAACUAUCUUGAAAUUCACCUAGUUUGGGCUAGUAAAGGGACCUACAGCAUACCUAUUAGAGGUAGCUAUGGGCCAUUAAUUUCAGCUCUUAGUGUCAUUCCAAGUGAAGUAUGUGAUUCCUUUGACUCUUUAUUUAAGAUGAGUUAUAAUAAAUGUGCUUCUAUUUAUAUCUUGCUUCAAUAUCCAGUGUUACUUGGAAUAGGUCCUAAGCCAAAAACUUUCAGUUAUGUUGAGUUGAGAUUUGCAACAAAAGACUUCAACCCUCCAAAUAAGCUAGGCGAGGGAGGAUUCGGACCUAUGUACAAAGGUAUGCUUUCUGAUAGAAGGGUGAUAGCUGUGAAGCAACUUUCACUAGGUUCCCACCAAGGAAAAAAUAAGUUUGUUAAUGAGAUUGCUACCAUAACUACAGUACAACAUCACAAUCCUGUGAAGUUGCAUGGUUGCUGCAUCGAGGGAACGAGGCUUCUCCUUGUUUAUAAAUACCUUGAAAACAAAAGCCUUUAUCAAGUAUUGUUUGGAAAAAAGGAUUUGCAACUUGAUUGGCCUACCCAGUUCAAUAUAUGCUUAGGAAUUGUGAGAGGUCUAGCAUAUCGUCACAAGGAUUCAAGGCCAAAGAAUAUUAUACAUCGAGAUGUCAAAGCAAAUAAUAUUUUACUCGAUGCAAAACUCUACCCCAAGAUAUCAGAUUUUGGAUUGGCAGAGCCAUAUGAUAACACGUAAACUCACAUCAGCAGAAGAGUUGCAGGGACCACUGGCUAUCUAGCACUGGAGUAUGCAAUGCGUGGACACUUGACAGAAAAGGCUGAUGUAUUCAGUUUUGGUGUUGUUGCUUUGGAGAUUAUUAGUGGAAGGGCAAACUCUGAUACUUGCUUGGAUAGGGAAAAGAUUAAUCUUCUUGAAUUCGCCUGGAGUCUUCAUGAAAGUAACCAAAGUUUGCGGUUGAUAGAUUCCAAAUUAUCAGAGUUCAAUGAAAUCGAAGCUCUACGAGUAAUAGGAGUUGCUCUCUUGUGCACUCAAGAGUCACUCAUGUUACGGCCAACAAUGUCACGCGUUGUUAACAUGCUUGCUAGGGACAUUGAAGUGGAAACUGUUACUUCAAAGCCAAAUUGUUUGACUGAUUGGAAUUAUAAGGACAUAACAAAUAGCCUUUUGAACAAAGAUAUUGUUACAUCCACAUCGACAAAAAGUUAUAGUAGAAAGAAGAGCCAAUGUGAUAGUGCAACUGAUCUUAGCCUCGGAGUUGAUCCAUUGCUCUCUCCAGAAAAUGCCACUUGGUUCAGUGACAUAAUUACAGAGGGGAGGUGA